AAGCAAGAACACUCUGCCUUACCCACAAGCCAUCGUCGCACAAGGUGAGACUGUACAAACUACGUCGAACCAUGGGAUCAUCGUUGUCGUCAUCAGUAGCAUCAGCAGCAUCAGCAGCAACGUCAUUGACAGUCACAGCAGCAGCAGCAGCAGCAACACCGUCAUCAUCAUCGUCGUCAAUGCCAUCGUCAUCCAUCCUCUCUCCAUUGCCAUCGUCGUCUUCAUCGUCCUCAUCGAUAUACUCGUUGUCGAGAACAUGGUAUGUGGAGAAGCUCAAGGCGUUGAGAGAAGCACCGUCGGGCGCGCUCACUCUGGUCUUUGCCGAUGGCGAGCCGGUCACCUUUGCUCUCCAUGAUGCGUUUUCUCGCUCGCACUUUGUUGCCUCGCUCCUUUGGCUCAUGAACACGGUCCUCGGCUUUGUUCCAGAUGCGCCGCCUCAGCUCUUGGCUCUUCUCCCUGACAAUGGCCGUGGUGAUGGCGGCGGCGAUGCGCGGACCGAGCGUGGCGGCGGUGGUAACACCACGGGCGAGGCGGACGGUAGUGGCGUCGCGGACGAGCUGGCUGACGCUGUGGAGCAACAAGUGCGGGCGGUGAGCCUCUCGGACUUGCUGCCGGCGGAGCGAGAGCAGCUGGAGGCUGUUCUUGGCGAGUCGAUGGCGGCGGACAAGAUCGAGGACGUGGAGGCGGCGCUGGCGGCCGAGAUCGAGGCGCUGGAGGCCGCUAAUGUAGAGGCACUGCUCGCACUUGGACCGGAGAUUGAUGUCGCCAUGGCUGCCAUUAAUGGGGUGUUAGAUGAGGCCGAGGUGCUGGAGGCAACGCUGGCGUCGUACGCGGGCAUUGUUGACGGCAUGGCGAGCCAGCUGGAGGUUAUCCAGGAGACGUCAACGGCGACGCAGGUGCUGACGACGAACCACCGGGCACUGCUGCUUGAGUCCAACGCGCUCCUCAACUCGCUGAGAGUGAGCAAGCGGACCCGGACUGCGCUGACGGCGACCAAGCUCUCGGAGCUCGAUGCACUGCCGGGCAUCGAGGCUGCGCUGGGCGAGCUCGAGAAGCCUCCGUCGUUUGGCCCGCAGUCAGAGCUGGUGACGCUGACGGCGGUUCAUGAUCAUGAACGUGAAGUGGCGGCGCUCAAGGCCAAGUUUGCGGCGCGGCUCGCUGGGUAUGAGGCCAAGCUGGCGACGGCGCUGCACUCGGAUCCUGCACUGGUCGUGCUCCGCAGCGGGUUCUUCGACUUUCCGUCGCGGCGGCCGGUGUACGCCGGCCUGCUUCCGUACGCGCCGCUCACAAAGUGGCUGGCUCGGACGGACCCUGUGCAGCGUGAGACGCUUGCGCGUGCGUACCUGACACGGGCGCGCGAGACGCUGGGCGCGGUGGCGCCGCGGCUGAUGAGGGAGCUGCGGCGGGCGGUGGCACAGGUCAAGCUUGCCACCGACAUGUCUGCGCUCCCGAACGAUCCUGUGGGCGAGCUCACCGUGCGCGGGCACGGCUCGUCGUCGAUGAGUUCGUCGUCGCGCGGCUCCGAAGCGUCGUUUGACGUGGCGUCGACGGCGCGGUCGGCGUCAUCGUUUGGCGGCGGCGGGAGCGAGCGGCUGCGUGGGACCGAGGCUCUGUUCCGGGCGGUCAACGCGGUGGUGGACGCGGUGGUGGCCGAAGCGCGGUUUCUCGACACCUGGCUCGGCGAGUCGAGCGACGCACAGCUGGAGAACUGGCUCGAAGUGGCGUUUGGCAACGUGCUGCCGCAUGUGGACAAGCUCGCCAUCCACGUCAACGGCCUCAACGCGUUCGACACGGUGACGUACCUGGCGUUCCUUGCCUCGUACCCGGCGGACGACGAGUUUCCGCGAGCGCACUCGUUCCUUGCGCAAGUUCUCACUCUGCUGCAGAACGCGCCAAACCUGGCGUUCUCGCAGUAUGUCGACCGGCAGGUCCGCAAGAUCGGCAAGGUCAAGGUGGCGGCGCGGCGUUGUGGCAUCCUCUGGCCGUGCGCCAAGUUUGCGUCGUUCUUUGUGCAGAUCGGGCGGGCGCUGUUUGGCACCGAGCUCGGGGCGCGCGGCGGAGCGGCGCGCGAGGUCGUCGAGCUUGCGCUCACCAAGGUGGCACUGGCAGUGUUUGAGACGCUCGAGCGGGUGGCUGCGUCGGACGCCAAGUACGCGCACCUUGUGCUGUACGAGAACUAUCACCACUUUUACAUAACCACCGAGGCGGCGAUGGAGCAGCUGCCGCAGCUGCGUGCGCUGGGAAAGUACGUGGCCGAGGCGCGCGAGGCGUACCUCCAGCACCGGGCGGCGUACGUUACCGACGCCAUCGAGUACCAACUCGGCGACUUUGUUCGCUUCUUUAACGCCAUCGGCGGCCUUCUCGACUCAAUCUCGGCGCAGGAGGUUGCCUUCCAGGACGCGUACUCCAAGCUCAAGUUUGACAAGCUAAUGAGCAAGUACGGGACGCCUAAGCAGGUUGAGCGCAACCUGUUGGCCAUGCGCAAGCGGGUCAUCAAGCACGUUGCCGGCGACAAGGAGGGUCUUUACUCGGUCGUCUGGGAGCGGAUCCUGCUCGCCAUCCAGGACCUCUUUGCCCGCUGCGACGCCACCAUCCGAGCCGUCUACGGCGACGACAAGGCCACGCUGGGUGCUGCCCUCAGUGCCGCCCUACCGUUGCCAGCGUAGCGCGGGUAGUUCUCUAGCACCAGCUCGAGUGACUUGAAUCGGAGGAUGGUAAAGAGUGAGCCGUCACUG